CUUAGCCGCCAUUCCCUGAGAGAUCCCACAACUGGCAGUAACCGAAGACCAAAUAGUAAUAAAUAAAUAUGGGCUGUUGGACUUGUUGUGUGAGCCCCCUGCUUUUUUGGCCGGCCCUCAUCGGAGGAGCUGUGUAUUUUUUGAGGAAGUACAUGCAGGGCGGCCAGUUCACCAAGCAGACCGAUGAGACAGGCAAGGUGUUCAUUGUCACCGGUGCCAACACCGGCAUUGGCAAGGAGACGGCUCUGGAGAUCGCCAAGCGCGGAGGAACCGUGUACUUGGCCUGCAGGGAUAUGAACCGCUGCGAAAAGGCCCGCCAGGACAUCGUCAGGGAGUCGAAUAACACCAACAUUUUCGCCCGCGAGUUGGACUUGAGUUCUCUGGAUUCCAUCCGUAAAUUCGCCGCUGGUUUCAAGAAGGAGCAGGACAAGCUUCAUGUCCUGAUCAACAAUGCAGGAGUCAUGCACUGCCCCAAGGCUCUGACCAAGGAUGGCUUCGAGAUGCAGCUGGGGGUUAACCACAUGGGCCACUUCCUGCUCACCCACCUGCUGCUGGAUGUUCUGAAGAAAACCGCACCCAGUCGCAUCGUAAACGUAUCCAGCCUGGCACACACCCAGGGUUCCAUCAACAUUGAUGAUCUGAACAGCGAGAAAUCGUACAGUAGGAUCGGUGCCUACAGCCAGAGUAAACUGGCCAACGUCCUGUUUACCCGGGAACUGGCCAAGCGUCUGGAGGGAACUGGGGUCACCACUAACUCCUUGCAUCCCGGCGCUGUGGACACGGAGCUGACGAGGAACUGGAAGUUUUUGGAGAACAUUUUUGCGAGGUCACUGGUGAGACCUUUGCAGUGGGUUCUAUUCAAGACGCCUCGGAAUGGAGCGCAGACCACCCUCUACGCCGCCUUGGACCCCGCGCUGAAGGAGGUCUCUGGACUCUACUUCAGCGACUGCAAGCCCAAGGAUGUGUCAGCGGCUGCCAAGGACGAGAAGACUGGAAAGUUCCUUUGGGCAGAGAGUGAAAAGUGGACUGGCGUGAAUACGUCUAAAUUGGAUUAAAGAAAUUCACUAUUCCAUCACCCGCCAUUUCAUUAUUUAAUACUUUAAUUUUAUAAAAUAAAAAAGACUUUGAACACUCAAAA